ACGCUCCGGGUUAUGACCUGCCAAUUCUGAGGCAACUGCGCAACGUGUGAACCUUGGAAUGAAAUUUCUGUGAGACAAUACUGUCCUAGCGUGCUCGUAAGGACCCGUGGCGAAACCACAACUUGCGCACAAAGGCUUGAGCUUGGGGCCAUCGUCGUUGGGUAGCUUCCCGCUGCGCCCGAAGGCGUGAUGGCUUCCGCAUCUACAGCUGCUGGUGUGCAUCUGGCAACAAUCCGUAGAACAAUAGAUGGCCUUCUGGCUGAUGUGGGCAGCCUUCUGGCGGACCUAACUUCCCAAGAGCACCCCACGGGCUCGGCCGAGGAUGAGGAGAAUGAGGAAGCUCGUCGCCCCAUCGACGUCGCUCUUCAUAGCUUCUGGGAUUCUUACUAUGACCUAAAGCGCCGGCACGAAGAAAACGCGCUGUCAGUCGCGGUCCUAGCGCUGACAAAGUCAGGCAAGUCCACGCUCCUCAACGCGCUGAUGGGCGCGGAGGUCCUGCCCAUGAACAACGUCCCCGAGACCGCCCGCAUCGUCCGCAUCACCCACGACCCCACCGCGCGGGAGCCCCACCUGCGCGACGCGGCGGGUCGUACCCUGGCGCGAGGCGAGGCCGCCGUACGGUCCUGCCUGCAGCAGCUCAACAGCGCAGCCCGGCAGCAGCGCUGCGGCUCGGGGCCGCUAUCGCCGCAACCCUCGGGUCCGGAGCGGGACGUGUUCGGCAGCGGCGCGGCUGCAGCCAGCAGUGCCCUGGGCGGCAUGGGUGAGGGACUGUGCGGCGGUGUGGGCAGCUCCUCCUCCGCGGUGCUGACCAUCUCCGCCCCGCUGGUGGCGCUGUGCGGCGAGGGCGGCUACGGGGCGGAUCUGGGCCGCGUGACGCUGCUUGACACCCCGGGGCCCAACGAGGCGGGGGAGGAGCAGCUCAAGUACCAGGUUGAGCGGCUGCUGGAGGGAGUUGACUGCGUGCUGUACCUGCUGGACUACACCAAGCUGAAGACGGCGGAGGAGGAGGGGCUGUUCAGGAGGCUGCGGGCGGUCAACCCGCAGCUGGUGGAGAGGCUCAGCAGCCGCCUCUUCUUCGUCAUCAACAAGGUUGACGCCUGCGAGACCUCGGAGGGUCUUGACCCCGAGGAGGUGCGCGCCUACGUGGCGGACCUCGUCACCCGCCAGCUGGGAGCAGCAGGGGCGCCACCACCGUCACCACUCGCCGUGCCGCCCUCCUCCUCAGCCGCCGCAUCCGGCCUGGUGUCGGUCUGCGCCUCCUCCCCGCCCGCCCCAGCCUCCCUGCUUACCUCCCCCCUCCGCGGCGGCAACAGCGCUUCCGCCCCGCCCGCCAGCCCCUUCACCCCCACUCGCGGUGCCGGCACCGCCACACCCUUCAGCCCCACCGCCACCGCCGCCAUUCCCCCGCCCGCCUCCCCCGCUCCCUCCGCCAGCCCGGCCCCCGCAGCCCCCUUCCGUCUGCGUCCCGAGCAGGUGCUGCUGCUGUCGGGUCGCAACGCGCUGCUGGCCCGGCUGGUGCUGGGCGGCAGGGCGGCGCCGGAGGCAGCCAAGCGCUUCCAGCGGCUGGCGUUCGGGGCGUUUGGGGCGCUGGGGUUUGGUGGUGGAGGCGGGGGGCGCGGAGGCAGUGCGGGGCCGUCACAGGAGCAGCUCCGCGCCGCCGCCGGGUGCCUGCUGGAGGGCAGCGGGGUGUGCGAGCUGGAGGGACGCGUGCUGGCUUUCCUGGCGGCUCAUGCGGCGUCAGUGAAGGCGCUGGCCACAGCGGACGACACCGCCCGGCUGCUGGUGCAGGUCCGCAAUGUCGCCCUGGCUGUGCGCAGCUGCUUGCACCGCAACGUGGCGGCGCUGCAGGCGCAGGCGGAGGCGCUGCGGGGGGAGCUGGCGGAGGCGGCGGGGGCGGUGGAGGAGGUACGGCAGCGCGCGGACGCGGUGCAGGCGGAGGUGGUGGCGGAGAUCAAGACGCACCUCAACACGCUGCGGCGCCGCCUCUUCACUCACAUCAUACAGACCCUGGACACCGACACACGCGCCCCGCCGCCGCCCUCCUCCCCUCCCUCCUCCUCCUCCGGUAGCAGCAGCAGCAGCACCCCCAUGCAGCACACCUGGGCGCGUGUGAGGGAGAAGUUCCUGUCCAUGUUCACCGCCACCAGCAGCGGCCUGCCGCCCCACCCGCCACCCCCCUCCGCAGCUGCAGAGGGCAGCAGUGGUGGGGCGGGGGGCAGCGGCAGCGGUAGUGGGGGUCCCCGGGUGUUUGCGGGGGUUGCUGCUGAGGCUCGCAGCCGCAGUCGUGAGGAGCUGCAGGCGCUGCUGCGGGAGCUGCAUGACGACCUGAUGGGGCAGAUCCACUCCGAGGUGUACGACUUCUGGGGUGUGCUGGAGGCGUGCGCCGCCUCGCGCCACGCGGAGCUGCUGGGGGCGCUCAACUCCCACCUGGCGGCACUGGCGGGGCGGGUGGAGGGGGCGGUCAGCGAGGCGCUGCAGGUGACGCUGGCCCCCGCGGACAUCCGGCUGCGGCCGCCCUCCGCGGAGGAGCUGCACUCGGACGUGCAGGCGCUCAUCGACAAGGGCAUCCGGCAGGGCACCGAGAAGCACAUCCGCGUGGGCAGCCGCACCACCACCGAGCGCGUGCUCCGCCACCCGCCCGGCCCGCCCUCGCUGUGCCGCUGGGGGGGCUACUGGGUGGAGGUGCCGCGCAGCCGCACAGUGGUGGAGACCUACACCGCAACCGUGUACUCGCUGAAGCCGGAUGAGAUAGCCAACCACUUCAUCGGUCUCGUUGACAGCGCGGUGACCGCCAGCGAGCAGGCGCUGGGCUCCUACGUGGGGGCGCUGGUGGAGCAGCAGCUGGCGGCGGCAAGGGAGCGGAUCAGGGAGUACGGAGACAGGUACCUGGCCGCCAUGUCCGCCGCGCUGGCCGCCAGCAGUCGCGGCGCGGAGAGCCGCAGCGCCGCGCUGGCGGCAGUGGAGGGCUACCUGGGGCGGCUGGAGGGGCUGGCUGAGCGGGUGCAGGCGGCGCAGCGGGAGGCGGAGGCGGCGGUGCCGGGCGGCGCGGCGGGGCUGAUGGAUGAAGUGGAGGUGUAUGAGGAGGAGGAGGGUGGGGAGGAGGAGGAGCAGGUGUAUGGAGGCGAGGAGCCGGCGUAUGGGGAGGAGGAGGAGCAGCUGGGGCAGCAGGAGGGGGACGGUAGCGGCGGAGAGCAGGCGACCGCAGCGGCGGCGCCGGCUGCUGAGGCUGAGGCUGACGGCGCCGCUGGUGCCUGUGCUGCCGCUCUGGGUGAUGUUGGGGGUCUGCCAACGGAGCACAGCCGGACUAGCAUCCCGGACAUCGACGAGGUGGGCAGCGGCGGCGAGGAGGGCGAGGAAGAGGAGGAGGAGGUGCUGCCGGAGCUCCGGGUGGAGGAGCCCAAGGAAGGGAAGGAGGAGGAGAAGGAGGCGGGGGCUGCUGCUGAAGCGGCGGCGGCGGCGGAGGCAACGGAGGUAGCUGCAGCAGCCGGGACCUCCGUUUUCGCGGAGCCGGGUGGCGCGUCGGCCGCCGCAGCUUCCCCGGGGGCUGAGGUGGCGGUGCCGGAGGGGGCGGGUGGGAGCGCCGCGGUGCCCUCCCUGCGCUACAUCGCGGGAGCAGUGGUGGAUGAGGACCUGUAUCCCCCGGUGGCACCGGAGCAUCAGCAGCAGCUGCAGGCAGAGGAGGAGGAGCAGCAGCAGCAGCAGGAGCUGGAGGGGGGAGCUGAUGUGCCCCUGGCUGCUGCGGGCCCUGCAGGCGGUGCAGCGGCCGGGGCGGCUCCCUCAGCGCUGGCGGCAUCCGGGCUGGGUGCGGCAUCGUACCCUGCUGCGCCCUUCGACUACGGCAGCGCCUUCCUGCGCGCCAUGGCCAGCAGUGAGAUGUCAGUCGGGGGGUCGUCCAGGAGCGCCCAUCAGGAUCUGCAGCAGCAGGCGGCGGGGGAGGAGGAGGAGGAGGAGCCGCUCACCAUGAUCCCGCUCACGGC